AUGGCCACAAAGAGGCGCACCUCUCCGCCUCCCCGUGGACAAGCCCCUCGCGCAGCUCUUCCAGCUAAACGCGGCGCACGCGGCGCAACCCCGCUCUCGGCCGUCCUCUACCUCGUCGCGGUGGUCGUCUCGCUCUUCCUCGUCGCCCGCCAUGCGUCGUCCUGGGCACGCUACGUCCCCGGCGGUUACUCGAUUCUGAACACUCUUGACAAUGCUCAGAGCCAGUUUGAGGCCAUCGUGUCUUAUCUGACAUCAACCAUGGUCGAUGGACACGCCGACUUUGGCGAUGGCCGCAGCACGCGUGCCCCCUCCGCCUUUUGCACCCCGUACUCGGACGCGCUGUACCACGUCAAUGUCAUGCUCGGCAAUGGAGGACCCGAACCCGACCUCAGUGGAGGCAUGAUCCCCUCGGUCGCCCCGCCGUUCGCCAUGACCCGCUGGACUCCCCAGACUCGCCAGAACUACGUAUCGAUGUGCCCUUACAACCAGACCGAUACGCGUCUGCACGGUUUUAUUGGAACGCACCAGCCCGCCGUUUGGAUGGGCGAGUCGGGCCCGGCGCAGGUCGCUGCCGGCCUCGGCGCCGUGGUCACUGACUUUGACAAGCGUGGCCUCAACUUCAAGAGGCAGGACGAGUACGCCAGUGUUAACUACUACUCGAACGUCCUGCGUGGCGAGAACGGCGACAUUGACGCAGAGUUGGCUCAGACCUCCCGAGCCGGUCACCUUCGCUUCACCUUCCGUCCCAACGGAGACGCUGCGCCGUACAUUGUUCUCGACGCUAGCCGUGCCACCGUCAUCACCCAUAACCCCAAGAACGUUACCUUCCCUGCUGGCAAGGUUACAAUUGACAAGAAGCUCAACGAGGUUUACGGAUGGAGCUCUGAGCGCCAGGACAACGUUCUCGUUGGCGAAGACCUCCCUGCCAAGAGGUUCAAGGGCUAUUUUGUCGCCCGGUUCAGCAAGCCGUUUGUUUCGGGUGGCAUCUCACACCACGGCAAGGUCAAGGACAAUGUGCUGCAGGGCGAGGGAGAGGUGCUCUCCAGCUACGUGACCUUUGCUCCUGGUACCGAGGUUGUCGAGGUGCGCGUCGGUGUCAGCUUUAUCAGUAUCAAGCAUGCGCGUCGUAACCUCGACUAUGAGGUUCCCGACGGCCAGACUCUCGAGGAGACCUCACUGGCGACACGCACCGCUCUUGCCGACAAGCUUGACCGCCUCAGCGUAUCUGGCGCCACUACCAACAACAAGACGGUCCUCUACACCGGUCUCUCGCGCACCCUCGUCUACCCGUACGAGGUGAGCGAGAAUGCGGCUAGCCCUGAAAAGCCCAUGUGGCGCUACUACUCUGGCUACAUCGACAUGCCUGCCGAGGGUAUCUCAUACUCUGGCUACUCGAUCUGGGACACGUUCCGCGCCACGACCGCCUGGCAGCUCUUUAUCGCCCCCGAGCGCAUUCCCGGCAUGAUCAACUCGAUGCUCCAGGACUUCCAGCAGGGCGGCUGGCUCCCGAUGUGGAAGAACAUUGUCGAGACAAACAUCAUGGUCGGCACACACGCCGACAGUGUCAUUGCCCAGGCUAUGCGGGCCGGUGUCCGGGGCUUCAACUAUGACCUGGCGUGGCAGGCUGUCAAGAAGGAUGCGUUCACUCCGCCUGACCGUGACACCGAGCUCAAGUUCUUUGACCGCGAGGAGCACACGCCCCAGGAGGUCCGCGCUGGUCUCACCGAGUACAUGAAGCUUGGAUAUGUCGCAGACGACCUGCACUCUGAGUCUGGCUCGCGUACUUUGGACUAUGCUUACGACGACCAUGCUGCUUCAAUUGUGGCACGCACCGUCGGCGCGGACACUGACGCGGAGGUCCUUGAGAAGCGCGCCCAGUACUACCGUAACCUGUGGAACCCCGACACGGGCUUCAUGGAGGCGAAGAACUCGGACGGGUCGUGGGCCGGCGAGACCGCUGGCUGGACUGAGGGUGACCACUGGGCGUACUCGCUCAAUGUCAUGCACGACGUCCCUGGUCUCAUCAGGCUCAUGGGUGGACCCAAGAACUUUGUCGACUUCCUCGACCGCCACUUUGCCGGCGGCCACAACCUGCACACCAACGAGCCUAGUCACCACAUUCCCUACCUCUACUCGUUUGCCGCGCCUCACAAGGCCCAGGAAGCCGUCCUCAAACUCGGCCAGGAGGAGUACAACCACACCGACAUUGGCCUCUCGGGUAACGAGGACUGCGGCCAAAUGUCUGCGUGGUACCUCUUCUCUGCCAUGGGCUUCUACCCCGUCGACCCCGCCAGCGCGACAUACGUGGUCGGCACGCCCUUCUUCGACUAUAUCGCACUCGACCUGCCUGCCGGCGGCACCAUCAGGGUGACUGCCAAGGGCGCCAGCAGCGGCAAGAAAAAGUACAUCAAGAACCUGACCAUUGAUGGCCGGCCGCACAAGACCGUCAUCAUCGACCAUUCCCAGCUGGCCCAUGGUGCCGACUUGGUGUUUGAGAUGAGCGACACGCCGCAGACGUGGCCUGCAAACUAG